AUGAAUUUAGGUGUUGAAGCAACACUAUCUGAUAUUCUCACUAGAUUAGACAGUGUUUAUGGACUUGUUGACAGAACAGAGGCUAUUCUUGCGGAAUUUUAUUCAGCACGACAGAAACCCACUGAAGAUGUAUCAUCAUGGAGUUGCAGAUUAGAGGACAUUAUGUGCAAAGUGCGACAGAUUAAAGACAUUGACUCUAGUGAAAAGGAUUCCAUGCUACACAACAUGUUGUGGAUUGGACUUGAACCUUCACUUAAGAACAUCACUAGAUACCUGUUUGACAGCAUCCAAAGAUUUGAUGAACUUAGAGUGGCUUUAAGGAGAGUGGAACAGGAACACAAGAAUGAUAGAGACAAUCCUGUAGAAAACAGAAAUUCUAUGGAUCAAAAGACAGGGAAACCAAAACCACCAAAGAGAAAGAAAUCUGUGCAAAACAAAGACACUAGUGACAGUGUGAUUUUUAAUGACAUGCAGAUUUCGGUGAAUUCAGAUAUGAAUAAUCCUAUUGUAAACACUCAGGACAACAGUGAAACAGAUAUAGAAACUGUAUCAGCAUCAUAUGUGUCACAUAACAGCCCAAAUCAUUCUUCUUGGACAGCCAGUAAACAUGAUGAUGAACCCGUGUGCUUCAAAUGUGGACAACAUGGUCACAUCGCAAUAGGAUGUCGAGUGAUUACGCACCGCAAAAGACGGCCGUACUAUACUCAGGAAUCCCGAAAACGAGGAUAUGUACAUCAACAGUAUAUGCAGUCCUCAAAGACUUACAACAAGAAGUCGUCAUUGAUAGGAGAGUGCAAUGAAGUGUCUAUCAAGGUUUUCAACAUUGCAACUACUGCAUUACUUGACACUGGUUCCACUGUCUCUACCAUAAGUGAAACAUUCUACAAGGAACAUUUCCCUGAAAUUCCAUUGCAGUCGUUAGAAUUUGCACUAAGUGUAGAGUGUGCAGAUGGACAACAGCUUCCAUAUUCCGGAUAUAUUUCACUGGAGAUACAGAUAUCGGGAAUAUCAUCAUUUCCAUUACUCAAUGACUGUUUGUUCCUGGUUGUUCCACAGAGUGAUUAUAAUUCGAAAGUUCCAGUUCUUAUCGGAACCAAUCUACUAGGUAUCAUUAUGGAAACCACAAAGGAUAUGUAUGGAUACCAGUUCCUACAGAAAGCAGACAUGCAUACUCCGUGGUACCUAUCCAUGAGAUGUUUAGUGAUGCGUGAAAGAGAACUUUCCAAGAAUAGGAACAUAUUGGCUUUCAUCAAAUCAGCAGAGAAUAGGAAAAUCACCAUACCUGCAAAUAGUGAAGUUGUGAUCAAUGGUUACUUGGACAAGAAAGUUCUGUAUGAACCAGUAUGUGCCAUUAUACAACCGACAUCUUCAUCAUUCAUUCCAGAUGACUUGGAUAUUUCACCUACUUUGGUGACAUAUGAUUGCCAAAAGACUGAAUUAGUUCCCAUUCACAUCACGAACAUAUCAACUAGAACAGUUACAGUUCCACCGAAAGCAUUGUUGUGUGAACUUCAGCCUGUCACAGUAGAAAGUCACAGGAGUUCAAAGGAACAGAAACUUCUGGAUACUGACAUUAUGGAGAAGACCAAGAUAGAUGAUAGCAACUUGAAUGCAACAGAAUUCCAGAAAAGACUCCAGUUAAUCAGAGCCUUUAACGACAUCUUCUCGAAAAAUGAUGAGGAUAUUGGACUCACUGCUCGAGUGAAACAUCAGAUUGAACUUACCAAUCCUGUGCCAUUUAAACAGCGACACAGAAAGAUUCCACUCAGCAUGAUUGACGAAGUGAGGAACCAUAUCCAGCAACUACUUACUAGUGGUGUGAUCAGACGUUCAAAGUCGCCAUGGGCCAGUAACGUGGUGUUAGUGAGGAAGAAGAAUGGUCAGCUCAGGAUGUGUAUCGACUAUCGACAGUUGAAUCAGAGGACAGUGAAGGAUGCGUAUGCCCUUCCGAGAAUUGAUGACAUCUUAGACUCUCUGCAUGGCAAUCGUUAUUUCACGGUUCUUGAUAUGAAGAGUGGAUAUCAUCAGAUUGAGAUAGAAGAGAAUCACAAGGAGCGCACUGCCUUCACUGUAGGACCACUCGGAUUUUUCGAGUAUGAGCGAAUGCCAUUUGGGUUAGCCAAUGCCCCUGCCACCUAUCAACGACUGAUGGAAGACAUAUUCGCCGAUCUUAACCUUAGCAUAUGCAUCAUCUACCUGGACGACAUCAUUGUAUUCUCAAGGACAUUUGAGGAUCAUCUGGAAAGACUGGAAAGAGUUUUACAGAGAAUACAGAAUUCGGGAUUGAAACUGUCUCCAUCCAAGUGCCAAUUUUUCCAGACUAAGGGAAUAGAACCAGAUCCAGAGAAAGUGGAUAAAGUGAAGUCUUGGCCAACACCAAGAACACCUGAAGAGGUCCGCAAAUUCCUAGGAUUCAUUGGUUACUACCGGAAAUUCGUCAGAAAUUUCUCCAAACUUGCCAGACCACUGACAGAUUUAACACCCAGUCCACAGUCGUCAAAGAAGAAAGGAAAACAACAAUCGUCAGUUAAUUGGAGAUGGGGUAGAGAACAGCAAGAGGCUUUUGACGUUCUACGACAGCACUUGAUAUCACCACCUAUACUUGGAUACCCAGACAUGACAAUUCCAUUUGAACUCCAUACUGAUGCUAGUUCCAAAGGACUUGGAGCCAUUCUUUACCAAGAACAGGCUGGGAUGAAGCGAGUCAUUGGAUAUGCUAGCAGAGGACUUACACCAGCAGAGAGAAAUUACCCUGCCCAUAAGCUUGAGUUUUUAGCUUUGAAAUGGUCCAUCACUGAGAAAUUCAAAGAUUAUUUGUAUGGAUCAAAGUUUACUGCCAUUACAGACAACAACCCAUUGACCUACAUUCUUUCCAAUGCCAAAUUAGAUGCAACAGGCCAUAGAUGGGUUGCAGUGUUAUCUGCCUAUGAUUUUGACAUCAAAUACAGACCAGGCAAGAACAAUGCAGCAGCAGAUGCACUAUCCAGAUUGGAGGAACCAAACAGUGCAGAGAUGGUCACUAUUUCAUCAGACUCAAUUAGCACCAUCAACAAGUCCCAAACAACACCUUGUAUAGAAACUAUUUCCUUCUCAGAAUAA